AUGCCUCAUAAUGAUGCAGACCACCCGGUCAAGCGUCAGAAAACUGUCGCACCAGCCAAUGCUUCAAAGUCCGCAUCAGACUCUUCUCGAAUUUUUGCGCCUUUCCGCACUGUUGGUUUAGUAUCUCCUACAAGUGUUCCCUUCACCUCGAUUCCUCUCGGCAAGACCACUUUCCAGAUUUCGACCUCUGUUGGCCGAUCUAUUCAGACCUACGAUCUUCGUCGCGGACUAAACCUCGUUUUCAUUACUCGCCCGCAGACCCCCGCCGAUAUCACCGCAACUCUCGCCUGGAAGCAACAGAUUUUCGCAGCAUGGGGAGGAUCUAUCAAGGGUGAAGCUCAGGGUGUCUGGAUCUUCCAGAGAGGCAAGAAGGUUAAUGAGCUUGUGCUGCCUUCCGACCUCAACGAACCUGUCCAGCAGAUUCAGGUUUUGGGAACAUGGACUAUCAUCGCUGCUCUGACGCGAAUCGAAAUUUUCAAGACAGCCACUCUGGAGCACUACACUACCAUCCACACCACGCCUGCCAACGACCGCGGCAACGAAAUCACUGGCGGUAUUGUGUCUAUGCCCACUUUCCUCAACAAGAUUUUCGUGGGUCGCAAAGAUGGUUGGGUCGAGAUCUGGAACGUCAGCACCGCCAAGCUUAUUUACACCAUUCUGCCUCCUGGCCCCGAUUGCGGUUCUGUAACAUGCCUGGAGCCCAGCCCUGCUCUGUCUCUGCUGGCUAUUGCCUAUUCUGAGGGAACCCUAAUCAUCACAAAUGUUCUUACUGACAAGAUCUCGCUUCGCAUUGAGGCCGGCAGCUCGGAAGCGCCAGUCAACUCGAUCUCUUUCCGAACCGACGGUAUGGGUGCUGGUAACGAUGGACGCAAGGAUGGUGUUAUGGCUACAUCGACAGCUGCUACUGGCGAUGUCACAUUCUGGGAUUUGAACGGUGGCGGCCGUGUUAUGGGUGUUUUGCGAAGCGCCCACAACCCUCCCUCCUACGAAGGACCUACUGUCCGUGGCGGUGUCAGCAAGAUCGAGUUCCUCCCCGGUCAGCCCGUGGUCCUGACCAGCGGCCGCGAUAACUCGCUCAAGUCCUGGAUCUUUGACGAAACCCCAUUUUCGCCUGUUCCCCGAAUCCUGCACUCCCGCAGUGGACACGCUGGCCCCGUCAACUGCCUUCAGUUCCUUCCUACCGACUUUGAGGGUGCCGAUGCUGGUAACAAGUGGUUGCUUAGUGGUGGACAAGACCGAAGUCUUUGGGGAUGGAGUUUGCGCCGUGAUGGUCAGAGUGCAGAGUUGAGUCAGGGCAAUAUUCGCAAGAAGGCCAAGAAGAUUGGUAUUCUGGCCACCAAUGCCCUGUCGCAUGGACCAACAACGACUUUGGAGGACCUCAAGGCACCUGAGAUUACAUGCAUGGCUUCUUCACUGAACCGAGAUGGUGGCAUUGGUGCCAUGCCCGGUAACCAGCCUAUAUGGCAAAAGUCACAGAAGAAGAGGGCGCAUAAUGCAGAGGUUAGCGGUAUGACCGGCUGGGAGAGUGUGGUUACUGCUCACAAGAACGAUUCCUAUGCCAGAACAUGGUUCUGGGGUCGCAAGAGAGCAGGUCGAUGGGCUUUCCCUACUGGAGACGACUCAAACGUCUCGACUGUUGCCAUCAGCCCAUGUGGUACCUUUGCUUUUGUUGGCGCGGAGUCUGGUGGUAUCGAUAUGUACAACCUACAGUCCGGAAACCAUCGUCAACGAUUCCCUUCAAAACUUACCCCAGCCCAAGCUCGUCAGCUCAAGAUGCAACAGCUACGACAGGCAGACGAUGUCGUGCAACUGCACGCCGAGUCUACACGCCAGUUUCCCAUCGGCACCGGAAGGCAUACCAAGCGAGUCACCGGUCUCGUUGUUGAUUCGAUGAAUAAGACAGUGGUGUCUUGCUCUUUGGAUGGAAAGAUCAAAUUCUGGGAUUUCUUGACAGGUAACCUGUUGGAGCAGAUCGACUGGGCACCCAUGACUUUCCCCACGGGAUGCAGAUACCAUCCUGCGAGCAACCUCAUUGCCUUUUCAUGUGAUGAUCUGUCGAUUCGCGUGGUGGAUAUGGAGACCAAGAGAACUAUUCGUGAGUUCUGGGGCCCUCAGGGUGCUAUCAACGACUUCUGCUUCUCUAGCGACGGACGCUGGAUCAUCGCAGCCUCUCAAGAUUGCGUCAUUCGUGUCUGGGACCUUCCUACAAGUCACUUGAUCGAUGCCAUCCGACUUGAGAAGCCUUGCAAGGCGAUUGCAAUGUCCGUCACUGGUGAGUACCUGGCUGCGACAAUCGAGAACGAGUUGGGCGUAACGCUAUGGACCAACAAGGCUCUGUUCAAGCAUGUUCCCACACGCCAAAUCUCUGAAAAGGAGAUUGGACACAUCUCGGCUCCCACGGUCUCUGGCGAGAACAGCCAUGGUAUGUUGGAGGGUGCAUUUGAAGAAGAGCAGGCCGAGGAUGAGGAUACUGUGGUGGCACCUACGAUCGAGCAGCUCAGCGCCGAUCUUACAACCUUGUCUCUGGUUCCCAAGAGCCGCUGGCAAACACUACUACACCUGGAUCUUAUCAAGGAACGAAACAAGCCCAAGGAAGCUCCCAAGGCUCCUGAAAAGGCUCCUUUCUUCCUACCUUCUACAACGGGCAAGGAGAAUCCCAUGGCGAAUAAAGAACAGAAGGCGGAUAUCGAGAACACAUCUCGUGUCACGAAGCUUGAGCAAGCUCGUUUUGAGCAGGCACUCGGCUCCAAGCUUCGUGUUGGAGCAGAGACCGGAAACUACGAUGAAUUUAUUGAACACCUCAAGUCUCUCUCCCCUUCAAGCGCAGACCUGGAGCUUCGCUCGCUCUCUAUUGGUGAUGGCGACGAUGUUCCCAACGAGCUGCUGCAUUUCAUCCGUGCUUUGACAGCCCGUCUCAGAACACGCCGAGACUAUGAGCUGACCCAGGCCUGGAUGACUGUAUUCCUCCGACUUCACUUUGAUCUGGUAAUGGAGAACCAGGAUCUCCUUGAGGCAUUGAGCGAGUGGAAGACGUAUCAAGAGAAGGAGUGCAACCGAUUAGACGGUCUGGUUGGAUACUGCAGUGGUGUAGUUAGCUUCUUGAGGAGCCCAAGAACGUAA